CUCUGCAUUUUAUGUGAAUGGAGCUCAUUAUGUAUGCAGCUUUCUCGCAGCUCCAUUCACAACUAUCGCUCCUCUUGUCCCUCUUCCCUCUCUCCCUGCAGGCUGCGUGGAUCUCAUUCAACUCAGCCUAAAUGACCACAAACGGUUAACGGAUGGAUUAUAAAAUGGAUGGAUAUUUGGACCAGCAAGUGCCUUACACUUUAGCAAAUAAGUCACAAGGACAUGGGCCCCUAAAUAGACUGUUGAUGGCAGCAAAAAGGAAAUACAUGGACACGGAAUUACCCCCUCAGGAAUCUGAAGACCUCUUUCAGGAUUUAAGCCAACUUCAGGAGACAUGGCUCACAGAAGCAGUGGCAUUCCACAGCCCGCCAGUGACCAUCAAGAAGGAACCACAGAGCCCAGGUUCCGACCCCAGCCAAUCCUGUAGCCACAAGCAGACCUUCACCUACCCCAAUGGAGAGCAGUGCCCUUACGCCAGUGCCUACGAGCAGAAGAGGGCUCCAGGACCAAAUAAGAGCUCCUGCACCCAAGGGACACCCAUGUCCCCCAUGCAGCACCAUUACUCCCCCAAGCAAGUCGGAGGCGCUGGUGGAAGGCCUGACAACAUGGCCUACAACAUGAACCACCCUGCUGCCUCCCAGCCACUUCCCAGCCACAACAACUACCCCAUGAACACCAGUUCCAGGUAUCAGGCCCCCUCAGCAGACAUGUGCCCCCCAGGGUUCCCCCCCCAAGGGCAGGCCUUCCAGCGAAUGCACGCUGCCCCAGCCGGAGGUGGUGGCGGUGGAGGACCAGGUGGAGGUGGUGGUGGCGGGGGUGGCUACCAUCGGCAGCACUCAGAACCCUGUCUACCCUACCUGCAGCAGAGCUUCAAGCAGGAGUAUCUGGACCCUCUGUAUGAGAGGGCAGACCACAUGGCAGGACAAGGACACGGGCCUGGGCCAGGGCAUGGAUCAAGGCACCCACCUCACCAACCCCAAAACUCCCACCCCCAUCCUCACAGGUUCCCCCCUGCCCACAUGAUGGUGAAGCAGGAGCCAACUGACUACACCUAUGAGCCUGACGUGCCUGGAUGUCCUUCAAUGUACCACCACAACGAGGGGUACCCCAACCCCAACCCCCAGCACAACAAUGAAGGCUAUCUCUUUGAAAACGACUCCUGCGUCGUUCCGGAGAAAUUCGAAGGUGAGGUGAAGCAGGAGGGGGGAAGCGUGUUCCGUGAUGGGGCCCCCUACCAGCGCCGGGGAUCCCUGCAGCUCUGGCAGUUCCUGGUGGCCCUGCUGGAUGACCCGGGAAACGCCCACUUCAUCGCCUGGACCGGCCGCGGCAUGGAGUUCAAACUCAUCGAGCCUGAGGAGGUGGCCAGGCUCUGGGGCAUGCAGAAGAACCGUCCAGCCAUGAACUAUGACAAGCUCAGUCGCUCCCUGCGUUAUUACUACGAGAAGGGCAUUAUGCAAAAGGUGGCAGGGGAGCGCUAUGUUUACAAGUUUGUGUGCGAGCCCGAGGCUCUCAUCUCCCUGGCCUUCCCCGACAACCAGCGGCCCAGCCUGAAGGCAGAGUUUGAGCGCUACGUCAACGAGGAGGACACUGUGCCCCUGUCCCACAUGGACGAGGGGGCCUCCUACCCCAGUGAACAAGCCCCACCAAACAUGGGCGCCCAGCCCUACUCCAAAGGUUACAUGUACUAAUGCCACCACCCCACCCGCUAUCCUCUCUGUCGGGGGUUGGCAACAGCCGGCCCGUGGGCCGAAACCGAGCGACAAGUGUUUUUUCGGGGGGCGGGGCCUCCAAAAAAUGUUUGGUUUUCGUUUUGUCGAAGACUAACAUCACCUGGAAUUCAGCCCAAAAUGUGUUUAAUUUAGGACAUUUGUUCCCAAGUAUUCCCACAAAUAAAAAGAGGUGAUAAUGUCUCAAUGUAAUCAAGGUAUGAAAGUUGUUUUUUUCAAAUACAAUCUCUUUUUUGGGCUUAGUUGUGGUCAAUUUGCAGCGUACAAAUGAUUAUGUUCCGGGGACCCCCGACCAUCCGCUCCGGGAAAAAAAUAGUCCCGCGUCUGAAUCUAAUCUAGUUGCCUACCCCGGCCCCGGCCCCUAUUGCACAUGUCCACCCCAUUCACUUGUAUAUAAAAAGGCUAUGGUGUUUCUUUGAGUUUUUAACAGCUGCAUUCCUCUCACUUCUGAGGCCUAUUUAAUCCAUACACAUGACUGUGGUUAAAGAGAUUGCUUAAUAAAGACACAAUAUUACUACUACUCUGUGCAAAGACAUAUAUUCUUUCUCUGAUAACAUUGUGACAGAUUUGGAAUGGCUACACAGAGGGAGAAUGGGUGUUAUUUCAACACAUGGAGUAAUUUACAGUAUGAUCAUGAAAAUCAGUUAAUCUAACUUCCGUCUAUGGCAGACUCUCAAUUGCAUACUCCUCGAGUCCUCUCUCCUCUGGCUUUCUCAUCCAAUGGGUUUUGAGGGGAGUACGCGAGGAGUAUGCAAUUGAGAUUCUCCCAAAGUCGUUGACAAAAGAGCACAUGCAUUUCCGACCUCACAUGCUAACAUUAUCAGUGGUCACACCUUAUGUGAAUUGGAAACGUGAUUACUACGAAGGUUGUUAUAGGUCAGACUGUU